AGAGACAAGAGUAAAUCCUCACUGGAGAGAUUAAAGAUGGAGAAGGUGGAGAGGGGCUCCCUUGUGUUGGAGAAUGAACAGCAACGACAGCGGUAUGCGAUAUGUCUUGAUGAGAUAGCCAAUCAUAUCGUUCAGGCUUUGUUGACUAAAAGGUAUCUAUCUUAA